GAGAGAAAGAAAGUGUAGGAGGUGUGGUGGAGAGCAAAGAGAAGGAACACGUUCCAGAACUCCAGCCAGAGUCUGCUAAGUGUGUCUAUAAGAUGUGUCAGUGCUAUUUCAGUGCGUGAAACAAGAUGCUACUCUGUUAAAUUGGGAAAGCCACAAAAGAGAAAGGAAAAGAAAACGGUGUGGAGUGUUGUAGCAGCUGCCAGCAACUGUGACUGUGAGGGAACUUUACUCUCUACAAGCUUAUCAUGGGAAAGUCAGCCUCCAGGCUUUUUAGUGAGGAGGCGCUGAAGACUCAUAACGAGUACAGGAGGAAACAUCAAGCCCCACCGUUAAAACUCAGCAGUAAACUAUGCAGUGAAGCAUCAAGAUAUGCCGAGAGCCUUGCCAGCACCAGGAUUCUGAAGCAUAGCGUUGAAUCUAGUAGAGGAAACUGUGGAGAAAAUUUAGCAUGGGCAUCCUAUGAUCAAACGGGUAAAGAUGUGACUGAUCGCUGGUAUAAUGAAGUGAAUCAGUACAACUUCAACCAGCCAGGAUUCUCUUCUGGAACUGGUCACUUCACUGCGGUGGUGUGGAAAGGCUCCAAGAAACUUGGUGUGGGCAAAGCUGUGGCCUCAGAUGGUUCCACCUUCGUGGUGGCACGUUAUUUCCCAGCUGGCAACAUUACCAAUCAGGGCCACUUCCAGGCUAACGUCCUGCCCCCUAAAAGCUGAUCCAAAUGUAGAUGGACACAAUGAGAGCAAAGGUAGGCAGGGGAAUAGAAAGGGGAACAGUUGAAUUUGGAGAUUUUACCAGGAGGAUCAAACACAUCGACCGCAGGCUUUGGUUGACUUGGAUACAAAGGUGUUACUUGAAUAAAAAAGCUUAACUUGACAUUUUUAGGUUUUAUUAACUAGAAUACCAGGAUACCUAAACCUAGAAUGUUGAAGGUAUUUCUUGUUUGGUUUGUAACAUUUUCCUAAUACUCUACAUUCAUAAUAGUAAGAUCAUUGUGUUCCUGUGCCAGGUACUGUACUUUAUGUGGAUGUCAGAGUAACAGUAUUUAAAAAAAAGUAUAUUUUUAUGAGUUAAGUGAACGUAGAUCUAAUCCCAUACCUCUAUUGCACUAAAAAUCUUACAUCAAAUAUAGAGCCAUUUCUGGGAGGCAUUUUACAUGGUGAAUGUGACGAGUGUGACCUCCACAAAAAGGACUUUGGUAAUGUUUAUUCCUUUAUGUCACAGACUGGUCAUUACAUGUUAUUAAUUUGAUUAUCCUUAUGUCUUUGUAUAUUGAUAUUAAUUAAAACUGAAGAUGUUCAAA